AUGCAAUCCGUUCCCCCUCUUCCGACGACUUCCCGUGAGUCGUCCGUUGUCGCCGCCACACCCGCAUCCGCAAAGGCUGCUGCUGUAACCGCCACCAAUGCCAAGCCCGAUACACUAGAAAAGAAAAAAGUUGCCCUAGCCCAUGAGCGCAUAUCCUAUCCUUUCUGGUUUGGCGGAAGCGCGAGUAGUUUCGCCGCCUGUGUGACGCAUCCGCUUGAUCUUGUCAAGGUUCGGCUCCAAUUGCGAACCGGCGAUGCUCCUAAAAACAUGAGCGGCACCUUCGUACACGUCGUGCGGACGCAGGGAGUUCUCGGGCUGUAUAACGGCUUGUCAGCAUCGCUGCUCCGGCAGAUGACGUACUCGACCGUUCGUUUCGGCGUGUACGAAGAGCUCAAGUCCCACUUCACAGCUGACGGUCGUAAACCCUCCUUACCGUUACUGAUUGGACUGUCGACGUUUUCCGGUUUCCUCGGCGGCAUAUCCGGUAACGCUGCCGACGUGACCAACGUGCGCAUGCAGCAGGAUGCGGCGCUCCCAGCAGCGCAGCGCCGGGCCUAUAAACACGGGCUUGACGGUAUGUUUCGCAUGUUCCGCGAAGAAGGGUUUCGGAGUUGGUUCCGCGGGGUCUUGCCGAAUAGCACUCGCGCCGCGCUCAUGAACGCCGGCCAAUUGGCUAGCUACGACACAUUCAAGGGGAUGCUGAUAGCGUAUACGCCGCUGGGUGAUACUACGACGACGCAUUUCGCUAGCUCGUUCUUUGCUGGGUUCGUAGCCACUACGAUCUGCUCUCCAGUCGACGUCAUCAAGAGUCGAGUGAUGAGCACUAGCCAUAAGCAAGGGAUCCUUCACCUCCUACGUGAGGUCUAUGCUAAGGAGGGCGCGACAUGGAUGUUCAAAGGCUGGGUGCCGGCCUUCUUGAGGUUGGGGCCGCAAACGAUAUGUACAUUUUUGUUUCUAGAAGCGCACCGCAAGGUUUAUAGAAAGUUUAAGGGGAUCGAAUAA